AUGGUGCCGUUUCAGUUGGAGAUAUUAGCCCUCGUUGCCGUGCUAGUCGGCUUUACCGUUAACACAUACAUUGUCGUUAUCGUUGCCCUGACGAAGCAGAUAACCUUCGCCAGCAAGGUGCUGCUGCUGCACCUGGGGAUCGUGAAUGCGGUGCUGUGCCUGUUCUACUUCAUCUUCUACGCGGUCAGCCUGUUCCAGCUGCUGCUGCCGGGCGAAGCGCGCGACGUAGCCUGCCUGCUGUUCGGGAUCUGCUUCAACACGCUCCACUCGAUCGCCCUGUGGACGCUGUGUGCGCUUAACUUCGACCGGUACUUCGCUAUCGCCACCCCGCUUCACUAUGGCACCUUCAUCAACACGAAAAAGCAAGUCCUGGUGACACUGGGUUCCGGCUGGCUCGUGUCCACGCUCUUCAGCCUGCCGCAGGCGUUGCGCAUCUCCGCGUACAAGUUCGACGCCGACUACGCCCUGUGCCUGCCGAACCUGCAGACGACCGGAUCCCUCAUCUACAGCGUCUGCUUCGUCCUAUUCACCAUCCUGCUGCCGAUCGGGCUGAUCGUGGGUUGCAACAUGAAGGUGUUCAUGAUCGCGCGCUACCAGCGGAAUCGGAUCGCCUCGGCCAUCCUCGAGGUGACGCUGUCCGCCCAGCUCACCAUCACCCACCAGCGGAACCCGUUCUUCGUGCAGAGCUCGGGCCCCGGGCCGGCCGCCGGCCCGGGCCAGCCGGCGGCCGCCGGGGUUCCGUUGGCCGACUGCCGAGCCUGCUCGGGCCAGGGAACGGCCUGCAACCCGGCGGCCAACGUGAUCCAGCUCGUCGGCUCGGCGAUCCUACUCCACUGCCCGUACUACGUUGCGAUCCUGUGGAACAGUGCGCUCCCGUUUGCGACGAGCAGCUGGCGGACCCCGGCCCUGCUACUCUACCUGGCCUGCUUCCUGCUGCUCCUGUCGCCGACGGUCAACGCCGUCCUGUACGGUGUCCGCAGCAAGAUCGUGCGCCGCUCGUUCCGCAACAUCUGGCGCAAGCAGAAGCAGAAGAUGGAGAUCCACUACGAGAUACAGGCGCGCACCCCGUCGACCUGCGGCUCUCGGCGCCCCUCCUUCAGCGGGGCCCAGCUACAACAGCAGCAACAACAGCAACAACAACAACCCCUGCUGCUGGCGUUCGCCGACGGCGGGGCACGCGUCGACGGGGACCCGGCCGGGCCGGACGGGUCCUCCGACCAGGCGAUCCUUUCGCCGCUUAGCCGCACCAAGUUCGGGAGCUGCUCGGCCCUCGGCGUAGGGUGCACCUCGCCGCCGCCCAUCGUUACGGCGCUGGCCGCCGUGCAGCAGGAGUUCACGGUCGGCCAGGCGACGGCCACGCGGCCCAAGAUCACGAUCACGAAGAUCCUGCCGGAUGACGAGCCAGCCGCCCGGGCGCGGCUACUCAGCGACUCGUCCGCCAACUCCUCAGCCGCAGCCGGCGACGCAGGCGACGACUGUGAGCCUUUGGCUUCUCCCACCACCACGAACGCACCGAAUCUCCACCAUCACCACCACCAGCAGCAGCAGCAGCAAACCGACAAUCUUUGCGUCGCGACAAGACAAUCAAGUGCCAAGCUGCCAAUGCACCCACCGGCGACCGAGCCAAAGCUAUCGUUUAAAAAGUUUUCCUCGCUGCAAGAAAUUUUGGGUAACGGAACUGACUAAAGGCUCGGUCGACAGGACACAAAGCAUACCAGAUAUAGGCCAAUAAUAUAUA